GACCAUAUGAUUGGUGUUGAAUUUGAUUGGGGAGUGUKUAAAGGCUUUUGACUACCUUGUUCGUUGAAUUUGAACUGGAGYAUCAAAAAUGUUGGAUAGAGUUUGCAUAAUACCCUCCAUAUAAAGCAUUUUGUAAUAAUCUUAUAAUGGACUCCAAAAGCUUGGAUUAAGAUACCCAUUUAAAGAUGUAGAAGAAUCAUUAGCUCAUUAGGAAGCUAUUCCACAAUGUUUGAUCUAGAUCCUGGGUUAACUAAACCAACUAAACCAAAAAACUAAAAAAAAAAAAAACUAAACCAACUAACAAUAAACGAGAAAAAAAAUACUAAACCGAUAUUAAACUUUGAUGUAAUGUACCGCGAUUAUCGACAAAAAAAUAUUUACUGGCAAAUGACUUGUCGGACGAAAAUAACAAAUGAAGUAUGGGCAGUUGCUUGUCGUCUGUAACAUGACCCCUUUUUCAAAUUCCAGUUUUUAUUUAAAAAAAAACCUAAUUAUUAUUUUUCCCUAAAACGUGUGAGUGUUAGGUUAUAUUACGAUUGUAAUAAGCUCUAUUUGAUGAUUAUACCUGCGUGUUCUGAUAAUUAACUAAACUGUCGACAAAUGGAAAGCGACUUUUCGUGUCAAAUAGGAGUGUCGCAUUGAUCACAAGAGAAUUGCACUUAGAGUUCUACUGACCGCUGAAAGCGACCAAAGUAUUAGAAGAUCCGAAAGACUMCGAGAUCAAGAAAACAUGGCUGAAUCCUACAAGUCGGUCAGCUUCGACGACUGUGAUAGCCCAACAUUUCCAAGAUGGCGAGCAUACAGUGGCAACAGCACCACAAGCACGGCUUCCUUUCGACACUUUGAUGAUGACWUGGAAAAAGGGAAUAAAACAGCCAACACAGGAAAGAAAUCCCGAAGUGAUCAUCUAAGUUUCCUAAACUCUGUCCAUUUGGCCGCGUUAUCUGGCGACGAGAAGGAGGUGAAAMGACUGCUAUCGAAGGGAGCAAGUGUAAACAAGUACGACCAUCAUGGCAAGACGCCACUACAUAACGCGAUAAUAAGCCGAGUGUCGUCCGUAGUCCAGGUUAUACUCCUAGCAGGAGCUGACGUCAAUCUACCUGAUCACCAUGGUGACACGCCAAUACAUAUUGCUGUUGGAGUGGGCAGCUCGGAUAUUGUGAAGUUAUUGCUGCAGUGUCCCGGAUGUCAGGUCAAUAUYGUCGGUCAAAAUGGGAUGACGUCAUUGCACGUUGCUGCGCAACUGAACUGCAUGGACAUCGCUGUGAUGCUGGUCGCACACGGAGCUAAAAUAUCGGACAAAGCUGGUUAUUUUCUGACACCAUUUGCAGUCGCGGUUUCAAAAGGCUCCUACGAGACUGUCAAGUACUUCGCGUCUGUUGAAAACGAAAGCAUGGCURAUCUUGUACUAGACGUUGAUGGAGAAAACUCAAGUGCACUACAUUUGGCUGUGAACAGCGGCAAUUUACAGAUCGUCAAAAUUUGUCUAAACAAUGGCUGUUCUGCCAGGACAAAACGGAAMGAAGACGAGGCCACACCGCUUCAUCUUGCCUGCAGUCGAGGCUAUCUUGAUAUAGUGAAGGCGAUWGUGGAAUUCGAUUCAGAGAUAUUUACGUCCGAUUUGGUGGACAAGCAAGGAAUGACUCCGCUUCAUAGGGCUGCAGUGGGAAAUCAUCCCGAGGUKGCCAAAUAUCUCAUUGAAAAGGAUUGCGUUAUUGACCCUCGAGACAUCAACUGUCACACACCGCUACUUCUUGCCUCUGCAAGUGGAUGUACCGCCUCAGUUCGGGUUCUUCUUGAAAAAGGAGCCGAUGCCGGCUUGAAAGAYUCAAAUUUGAAUUCUUGCUUGCAUGCUGCAAUUGGAAAUUGUUCUACAUUGGAGGAGCUUUUGAAGAAUCAUAAUGCAGUCGCACAGAUCACAGAGAAGGACGUGUAUGGCUUGACGCCGCUGCAUUAUGCCGUGCAGCAGGGAAAUUUCAAGAGUUCAAAACUUUUAUUGUCAAGUAAUUCAUCAGCGGAUGAAAUUGUGACGGAUGAAGACGACGAAACMGCUCUUCACCUGGCUGCACGGAAUGGCUAUGUAGACAUCACACAGUUGAUACUAGAAAAUCGUAACGAACGYGUGAUCAACGCCAAGAACUCCAAGAAGCGAACUGCCCUCCAUCUUGCCUGCAUCGAGGGAAACGAGACAGUGGUAGAGAUACUGGCACCAGAAACGGAAAUCGAAGGUGACARUAAUCAGCAAACUCCACUCCAUUGUUCAGCAAAGAAAGGAUCGCUAAAGUGCGUCCAACUUAUUCUGAAAUUCCAUCCCAAAUGUCUUAAUACUAUCGACAAAAAUAAGGACACAGCUCUCAAUAUAGCAGGCAUUGCUGGACAUGCGCAUAUCGUGGAAUUCCUCCUGUCUGUCGAUGGACUGGCGAUCACGUGCAACACCAAUGAUAUGAACGUAUUAGACUUAGCCAUUGAACACCAAUGGGAAAGYGUUGCCUUGGUGAUUGCUGAAAACGAAAGGUGGCAAGAGACACUCCACCCCACCCCUAUGGGUGAUAACAGUCAGCUUGGAAUUCUUGUGCAGACUCUCCCGACAGUCGCUGAGGUUUUUCUUGAUCGCUGUAUCACUACGGAAGGAAAUUCUUCAGACAUCAAUUACAAGAUUGUGUACGAUUUACGACUAAUUCAAGGCAUGAGCCUUCCUGGGGGCUCAACCAAGGGAUACUCAUUGAAAUUUCUAAAGGCAAUGGCUGCUUACAGAAGAGAGGGCUGUCUUGGUCACCCUGUGUGUUAUGCAUUGAUGAGUCUAAAAUGGCGUAAAUUUGGCUGGAUGACAUUCGUAACAAACAUCGUCGUAUACACCUCCUUCUUGCUGUCUAUGACUAUGUUGGUUUUUCAAAUGAAGAACAUUUGUCCUCCUCUAAAUUCUACAACUGAUAAGUCUACAACAGAUGAUAGCGAGGAGUUAUUGAAGUGCAAGCAUGAGAACAAGUUUCGAAARUUGAUUGUUGCUCAAUAUUUUGCCAUUGCACUGUGUUUCCUGCUCAUUGCCAAAGAAUUCGGUGAACUCUUCAAGCGGAGAAAGAAAUAUUUUCUCGAUGUCACCAAUCUUUUUGAAUGGAUCAUCUUCGCCACAGCGUUGUUUUAUCUCGUGCCYGUCUGCUCAUGCAAAAAGACCGCACAAAUAGAAGCAGCUGCUAUGUGUUUAUUCUUUGCAUGGAUUAAUCUUGCAUUGCACAUGAGAAGAUCAUCGACYUACGGACGGUAUGUGCUCAUGGUAUUAAGCAUGAUAAAGACGGUCAUUCAGGUCGCAAUGUUGUUCAGCUUGUUUGUGAUUGCCUUUGGRAUGGCUUUUUUCAUAUUACUGGAUGUUCAAGUGGACGCCUUUGAAACUCUUCCUAAAUCGAUUGCAAAGACCUUUGUCAUGACCUUGGGUGAGCUGACCUUUGACAGCACGUACCUUCAACGUAAUAUUCACCAUAAAGUCAUGAACUAUUUCAUCUUUGUGUCUUUCUGUUUCUUGAUGCCAAUCAUCCUCAUGAAUAUGUUGAUCGGUUUAGCCGUUGGAGACAUUGAUAAUAUUCAGCAAAAUGCCGUCAUACAGCGCUAUAUUAUGCAGGUGGAACACUUGAUCGAGCUGGAAGAAUCUCUUCCGUUGUGGAUUUUACGCAAAUUAAGGAUCAAGAAACACGCUGAGUAUCCCAACCGACCGAAGACCUUUUGGAUGAAGGUAUGGAACAUGUUCUGUAGCCUAGGAACAACAAAGGACAACUCAGAUGACUACCACCACAGGGUACCCAUGAUGCUGAAUCAGCUCAAAGGAAAGAUUACACAAAACGAAGAGAGGAUCAAGGAGCUUGGUCAAGCCAUAAUGCACCAAACUCAAUUACUACGAGACAUAAACCGCCGUCUAACAGGAAAUACAGAAAGCACAGGAACUAAAAUUAUGAACUGGUUUUCGUCGGGGCUGUCGUCAUGGAAAUGGCAAUGACAAUGAUGGUCGGUUCAAUUAAUCGAUGYUUAUAAUCAUGGCAGUGAUAAUGGUAUUAUGGCAGCUACGGCAAUAGCAAAGAAUUACGUAUGACAUGACAAAAAUAUCCCUGAGAAAAAUUGAAAUUACAAUUAAUGGUCAAAUAAUUACGUKCAGACGUUGUACAUCUCCAGCAAUCACAGCUUAGCAAUAAACUCUUAAAAGUCUCAGUUUUCUUUCUUUUUUUUUGCCAAUUUGAGGAGUAAAAGCUGAUAAAACAUAUCCAAUCAUACGUUGAUAAAGCUCUCAGGAAAUCGACUCAGAGGAUACCAUUGGUUUUGGGCUCCCUGUCYUUUCGUACCAAGGCCAGGUUCCUAAAUAAGUUCAAACAUGGCCGACAUUUUGAUACGCUAGUUCUCUACAAUAUCUGGAAGGUGUCGACACUUUUAUAAAUAUAUAUUAAUAAAACAGUAUUCUUACAUAUCUGAUGUUGAAGUUAAAGCAAGAUGGCAAUUGUAUAGGAUGGUAAAAGGAAGACUAUCAGUCCGACAUUCCUAUAAGUGUCAAACAUUAAUUAAGAUAAGAUAGGCAAGAGAAUUCUAAACUCUUAAAGCCAGAUAGCAGUUACGGUAUAGGCCAGUAAUAUAGGCCAAUAAUUUCGAUCAGUUAUUGUAAAACUACAGACAUUUGAAGAGAAUAUAUACUUAAUAUCAUGCUACAGGUUCAGAAUAAAACUKCUGCAAAAUCAUA